AUGAACAAGCCAGGAGCACUCUCUGUCGAGAACACUGAUACAAGCCAGCUUGAUGGUACACUUCUAUCACCUCAACACCACCACUCUAUGUCUGAGCCGGUCUCUUCUGAAGAAGGGUCGACUCCUCUUGACUCCACAUCGGGAGGCAAUGGAUCGAGAAGCUCCUCACACGGCUCUGGUGAAAGUCUGCAUACUGAGCAUGUAGUCAAACUCUCGAGCAUAGAGCAUUGCAUGCCACGGGCAUACAUCAGAAUAUGCCUCGCAUAUAGACUAGGGACUGGUCAGGAUGUGCAUAAGGCGGUGCAAGGCCUCGAAAACUACAUCAGAGGAAUCGUACGAGCGAAACCAUACCUUGCUGGCAACGUUGUUGAUGUGGAUGUUCCAGGAAGCAAUAUCAGUCGGGCAGAAAUAAGAUUUACAGCUCAAGACUACCUGAAUUAUCCUGGAGUCGCAGUAAAAACCCUCUGCGACGAACACGGUCUGCUGUUGCGAUACGAACAACUCGACGCAGAUGGCUGUCCACCAAGUCGACUACGACCAGAAGACGUUUCAGCGUUAGCGCCCGACGUCGACCCUAGACAAGCGAGUCCUGUGUUUCGUGUACAGGCCAACCUAGUGGUCGGCGGUCUCAUUGUUUCCUUUUACCUCCAUCACUGCAUCUCCGAUGGGACAGGGUUCGACCUUAUUACUUCCGGCAGGAUCCUCAACGACGACUUCACAUUUAUCUGCCCACCGUCUCUAUCACAUCAGAAUACCGCGACCUUGGACAAAUUCCUAGAAGAGUUUGCGCAGCAUAAGAGCAAUGUCCGACGAGAACUCUCGAGAGCUCCAAGCACUGUCACCAAUACUCGCCAGUUACGAGCACAACGCCUUGAUCAGCCGCCAUUGCCUAAGAAUCAACCUGGAAGAGGUUGUGUUCUUAUGCUUGCAGCCAGUCUGUUGUCCUCGACAAAGGAUAAUAUGAACCAAUAUGAGGACCCAGGCUCAAUGUACCACACCACGAACAGUGUUGUCAUGGCACUACUUUGGCGGCAUAUGACUCGUGCUCGUCGACCAUCACUGGCGCAUAUCUCGAAUGUACAAACAUCCAAACUCUUGAUACCAAUCAAUAUUCGUGACACCAUGACUCCACCACUACCAGAGGGCUAUUUUGGCGCUGCAGUCGAUUCCGCAAAAGCGGAGAUGGAGCUGGACUUGCUUAUCGGAAUGCAAGAGGACACCCUGUACAGAGUGUCUCGCACGAUACGUGAGGCCAUCAAGGGUGUAGACGAUGGCUAUGUGCGUGAACUGAUCGCAUUUGCAAAUGCGGCUGAUCAACUUACCGACGUCCACGACAUACAAGCCAGUAACAUGGAUCGUGUCACAGGAGCAGACAUGUACAUCACGUCCUGGCUCGAUUUCAAGACCUACCAACACGAUCUAGGAAUGGGGCUGGGCGGGCCAGAUUGGGUAAGAAAACCUUGGAGUAGGGAUCCGGGGUCGUGCAUUAUCCUCCCACGAAAGACAGACAAUCCAUCCUACAUUGAGGUUGUCGUGCAAAUGACUGGAGCUGAUAUGGACCGCCUACUACAAGACCAGUAUUUCAUGAAGUACGUUCUACGGGUUAUUGACUGA